AAAUUCGGAAACUUAACCGCCAUGAUUCUUUUUCUUUCUUUUUCAAGUAUCCGUCGCUGGAGAUUUGUUUUACAGUUUUUCACUAAAAGCUAAACAACUUUUUUCAAAAUGGUUGCAAUCAAGAAACAAAAAAAGGCAUUGGAUUCCACCAACUCUCGUUUGGCCUUGGUUAUGAAAUCAGGCAAAUACUGUUUGGGUUACAAACAAACUUUGAAGACCCUUCGUCAAGGCAAAGCUAAAUUGGUCCUUAUUGCCAGUAACACCCCUGCUCUGAGGAAAUCCGAGAUUGAAUACUACGCCAUGUUGGCAAAGACUGAAGUCCAGCACUACAGCGGGACCAACAUUGAAUUGGGCACAGCUUGCGGUAAAUACUUCCGCGUGUGCACACUCUCCAUCACAGAUCCUGGUGAUUCCGAUAUCAUCCGCUCAGACAACAACUAAAUUUUGAGUUGACUAUCGUUUGUAAUUAAUUUUAUAAAAAAAAAAUUG